AUGGAGAGACCGACACCUAGGGGACCACCUGGCCAUCCUCACCAGGGGGAGGCCUCUGUCUGCUGGCGGCUCACAGUGAGGGUCCUGGAGGCACGGGGCCUGGGCUGGGCUGACCUGUUGAGCGAGGCAGACCCCUAUGUGACGCUUCAGUUGCUAACUGCUCCUGGAAUGAAGUUUAGGACCAAAACAGUCACCAACUCCAGUCAUCCUGUGUGGAAUGAGACCUUCACGUUCCUGAUCCAGAGGCAGGUCAAGAAUGUUCUGGAGCUGAGUGUCUGUGACAAGGACUCAGUCACAGAGGACGAUGUCUGCUUCAAGGUUCUCUAUGACAUCUCCGAAGUCCUCCCUGGCAGGCUGCUCCGGAAGACAUUCUCCCCGCAUCCCCAGGGACAGGAAGAGCUGGAUAUGGAGUUCCUGAUGGAGAGAAUGUCAGACUGCCCAGAAAACCUCAUCACCAACAAUGUGCUUGUGGCCCGAGAGCUGUCAUGCCUAGAUGUCCGUCUAGACAACACAGGGAGCACCGCCGUGGCUGCAGAUCAGGACAAGCUGGAGCUGGAGCUGGUGCUGAAGGGGUCAUAUGAAGACACACAGACCUCCACCCUGGGCACAGCCUCUGCCUUCCACUUCCACUACAUGGCAGCCCAAGAGGCAGAGCUAAGCGGGUGCCUGAGGAGCUCCAAAACCAAGGGCUGGAACUCAGGUAACUCCACUGGGCACCUCACUGUGCCCCUGAUGUCCUUGGCCAUGGGGAAGGAGGUGACCGUUGACAUUCCUGCUACAAGUGCCCCAGGAGUGAAGCUGCAGCUCAAAGCUGAGAGCUGCCCCAAGGAGCUUGCUGUGCAUCUGGGCUUUGAUCUGUGUGCCAAGGAGAAAGCUUUCCUGAGCAAGAGGAAGCAGGUGGUGGCCAAGGCCCUGAAGCAGGUCUUGCGGCUGGACAGAGACCUACAGGAGGAUGAGGUCCCUGUUGUGGGCAUCAUGGCCACAGGAGGAGGUGCUCGGGCCAUGACCUCUCUCUACGGCCACCUAUUGGCCCUGCAGAAGCUGGGCCUUCUGGACUGUGUGACCUACUUCAGUGGCAUCUCGGGCUCUACAUGGACUAUGGCCCAUCUGUAUGGGGACCCUGAGUGGUCGCAGAGGGACCUCAAGGGACCCAUCAGGUAUGCCCGGGAGCACCUGGCCAAGAGCAAGCUGGAGGCCUUCUCUCCUGAGCGCAUGGCGAGCUACUACCGGGAGCUGGAGCUGCGGGCCAAGCAGGGCCACCCCACGACCUUUGUGGACCUGUGGGGUCUGGUGCUGGAGUUCAUGCUCCACGGUCAGGUGAUGGAUCAGAAGCUGUCAGGACAGAGAGCCGCACUGGAGCAGGGCCAGAACCCUCUGCCCCUCUACCUGAGCCUCAAUGUCAAAGAGAACAAUCUGCAGACCCUCGACUUCAAGGAGUGGGUCGAGUUCUCCCCCUAUGAGGUUGGGUUCCUGAAGUAUGGAGCCUUUGUACCUUCUGAGCUCUUUGGCUCCGAGUUCUUCAUGGGGCGGCUGAUGAGGAGGACCCCUGAGUCCCGGAUCUGCUUUCUGGAAGGUAUCUGGAGCAACAUUUUCUCCCUGAACUUGCUGGAUGCCUGGUAUGACUUCACCAGCACCGGAGACUCCUGGAAGCAGCACAUCAAGGACAAGAUCAGGAACCUGGAGGAGCCCCCUGCCUCCUCGGACACCUCCUCAAGGUCAGAGGCCUUGUGGCUGCAGCCUGGAACAGCGCUAGCCCAGAUGUUUAAGGGCAUCCUGACGGGCAGACCACUCUGCCAGCACAGCUCCAACUUCCUCCAGGGCCUCCAGCUGCACCAGGACUACUGUGCCCAGAAAGACUUCUCCACCUGGGCAGACUGCCAGCUAGACUCCUCCCCCGGCCAGCUGACCCCGCAGGAGCCUCAGCUCUGCCUGGUGGAUGCUGGCUACUUCAUCAACACCAGCUGUCCUGCCAUGUUCCGGCCAGGCCGCAGGCUGGACCUCAUACUUUCCUUCGAUUAUUCCCUAUCCUCGCCCUUUGCGGUGCUGCAGGAGACUGAGCUGGACUGCCGGGCCAGGGGGCUGCCGUUCCCCCGUGUGGAGCCCAGCCCUGAGGACCUGCACCAGCCCCGGGAGUGCCAUGUCUUCUCAGACCCUGCCUGCCCCGACGCCCCUGUCCUGCUGCACUUCCCGUUGGUCAAUGCCUCCUUCAAGGACCACUCAGCCCCCGGUGUCCAGCGCAGCCCUGCAGAGCUCCCGGCUGGCCAAGUGGAUCUCGCGGGGGUCACCUCCCCCUAUUCCAUGUUCAACAUGACUUACAAGGAGGAAGACUUUGACCGCCUGCUGCAGCUCAGUGACUACAAUGUCUGCAACAGCCAGAACACCAUCCUGCAGGCUUUGAGGACUGCUCUCAAGCACCGGGCCCCGGGGACCAGGCCUCCAGGGGCACAAACUUGA